GCUCACCUCUUGGAUAGAGAAGGGCCCAAAUUGGUCUUCGUUGGACGAACUGAUAGUGAUGCAAACGCGCAUCCAAAGCAUGGUGGAUAAAAACAUCAAGCUCGUCGACGUCAUCCAGGUGAUGCUGGUACGCCGGAUCCUCCCAUGCCAAAGCCGAACCUGCCCCUUAUGGGAAUUUGAUCUGAAGAAGCACCAAACCUUGGAAAGGCUCUUCGGAACCACUCAUGAAGAUGCUUGGAAGUUGCUAUUCAAAGGCAACGAGACGCCGCCAGCCAUGGACUCGGACCGCGGGCACGAUAUUACCCAUCAUGCCAAUGCGGUAUGUCUUUCACGUCUUAAGGCGCAUCCUCGACUUGCUUGUUUCAAGGAGGAUAUCUAAACUUUAUUAUUAUUGUUUUUUUAGGUAUGGACGGAGAGGGUGGAGCGGAUUCACUAUUCGGCUCCGCCGCCCAAAGAACCAGUCAUCCCGCUCCGGGCGAAGAUGCUGGUGCCUGCGCCCUAUAAGGCACCGGAGAAGAAGGCCAAGAAGAAGGCCAAGGGGGUCCGGAGUGGCCUACGCCGCAAGGGAGCUUCAGACGUGUCGUCCGAAGACAAGACUCUCUCCUCCGCCGCCGAAGACGAUGACGAGGAGGAGGAAGAAAAUACCUCUCCCGUUGAUGGGGGGAGGAAGAAGAGGGCGGCCUCCAAAAAUCUGGAGGCGGAGGAGCCCAAGAGGGGGAAGGGUCCCCCUGCGGAUAACUCCGCGUGAGACAUCGACAGUAGCCCGGAGCGACGCCCCCGAAACAAGCCUCUGGCCAUGUUUCCGGCCCAUGAUAGCUCCCUGUGAUCCUCAUCAAGAGGUUCGUUGCAUUCGAAGGCGAUGGCCAGCGGGUCACCGCCGGCCGCUCACUCUCCUACGGCCAAGGGCGACGAUGAGGUGUUGUCCCAAAAAGGACCUUCCCCGGCCAGAUAGAGGUUCAGGAGGCCGCCAGGGUGGCGCCAGAGGGCGAAGCCUCGGCUGCCAGACACAUGGGGGAGCAGACCCCAUGGUGACUGAGGAUGGGGGCUUUGCUCAGUUCGGCCCCCAGUCGAAUACAAGUCCGGAGACCUAUAUGGCUCCGGAAUCUGGUGAGAAACCUCCUUCGAAAGAAGGGGGCGUGCCUAUGCCGCCGGUGACGUCUGUCCAACCAUAGGCACCGGAUAAUCUGCUGGAAGCGCUACGCGGCGCUUCCAUUGUGGAUGAACACCGUAUCCUUACGGGUACGGUGAUUGAGAGGGUUCAGUCCGUCAAGAGCGGACUAAUCGAAGCCUGCAGCAGCCUGCUGACAGGUUUUGAGGUAGGCAACGCAAAAUAGAAAAUCCCAAUAUAGACAAUAGCCCCUGAGACACGGUCCGGUGUUCGGAAAGAAGAGCCGGACAGAGGAUCAAUUUAUUUUCGCAGGAAACUAAAUAUGUCUUAUAUGAAUAAG